AUGGCUGCAGUUGAAGCUGGCAAUUGGGAUAUCUUUCCCAGAGACGCAUAUAAUGGGUUCUCUUGCUGCAUUGCUGUCUGUCGUCAUGCAUACAGAUGGGCAACCAUUCCUGUGGUCAAAGUAGCACAAUUGGAGAAAAUUGUCGAGUUCCCAUAUGAACUCAACGCACCGUGGUCAUAUCUUCAGCGGAAUUUUGGUGUGGACGCCGAUGCAGGAAACAAUACAUCCAAUGUCUUACUAAACUUCAAUACAAGAGGAGAAAGAAUCUAUAGGAUCAACAUUUGA